UUUUAUCUGUUAAAAAUGGCUGUCAUCUGCACAAAAGUUGUCAAGCGGCAUUUUUGCCUAGCUUUGCAAAAAAGUACAAAAAGCCCCAUAAUUUAUGGACGCGAAAGAAUCUGCAGUACUAUAUUAACGAAACCUUUGUUUCCUUAUCCCUAUAAAUUUAAUAUAACAACCUUCUCCCAUACUGCAAAAAAUAGACAUUUCGCAAUACCCAAUCAAGUGAAAGUCAUGGGUGCAUUAAGUCCACUAGAUCCUUCUUCAUAUUCGCGGCCAGAAAUAGCUGUUGUAAAACACAUACACUUGGUGUGGGAUGUGGAUUUUGAUAUCAAAGUUCUAUCAGGGAUUGCUGUACUAAACUUUGAUUUACUGCAACACACUGAUGAAAUAGUUUUAGAUGUGAACAAUCUGACCAUACAUUCCGUAGAACUAUCAGAUGGGUUGAAGUUGAAAUAUACAGUGGAUAAACAUGUGCCUAACUUUGGAUCUAGAUUAGCUAUAACAUUGCCAUACUCACACGGACCUCAGGAGCCGAUAGCUAUAAAGAUUAAAUAUCAGACCGCGCCCUCGGCGUCUGCGCUGCAAUGGCUGGAACCGAAUCAGACAUCGGGUAAAAAACAUCCAUACAUGUUCAGUCAGUGUCAGCCUAUCCACGCUCGGUCUAUCUUACCAUGCCAAGACACGCCAGCUGUGAAGUUCACUUACGAAGCCGAAGUCUCCGUCCCCAAGAACUUUAAGGUGCUGAUGAGCGCCAUCAGAGGCGACAGCAACACCACCAUCACCAAGUUCUACCAGAAUGUGCCCAUACCAUCGUAUUUACUGGCUAUUGCCGUUGGAGCGCUGGAGUGCAAGCAACUUGGACCUAGAUCUUACGUAUGGUCUGAGAAAGAGGAGAUCGAGCGCAGCGCGUGGGAGUUCGCGGACACGGAGAAGUACCUGAAGGCGGCGGAGAGCCUCUGCGGGCCCUACCAGUGGGGGCAGUACGACCUGCUGGUGCUGCCGCCCUCCUUCCCCUACGGCGGCAUGGAGAACCCCUGUCUCACAUUCGUCACACCUACAUUACUGGCUGGGGACAGAAGUCAAGCGGAUGUGAUAGUCCAUGAGAUAAUGCACAGUUGGACAGGCAACUUGGUGACCAACAAGAACUUUGAGCAUUUCUGGCUGAAUGAGGGCUUCACCGUAUUCCUGGAGAGGAAGGUGGGCGCCUCGCUGAUCGCGGACCCCGCGGAGGCGCGCCGCAGCCGGGACUUUCAUAGCUUACUCGGACUACAGGAACUCACUGAAGCUAUAAAUGAUCAAUUUGGACCGUCCAGUGCAUUGACGAAGUUGGUGCCGGAUCUAAACGGAGUGCACCCGGACGAUGCUUUCUCUCGAGUCCCAUAUGAAAAAGGAUCGCUCUUUCUACGCUAUUUAGAAGAUCUUGUAGGAGGACCUGAAGUUUUUGACAAAUUCAUCAGAUCGUACUUGAACUAUUACCAGCGACGUUCGUUGGACACGGAAGAGUUCAAGGAAUAUUUGCUGGAUUACUUCAGCGGUAACAAUAACUUGAGCAGCGUCGACUGGGACGCUUGGUUCUUCCACAACGGCAUGCCUCCCGUCAUACCCAAUUACGACACUUCGAUGACAAAAGCGGUAACAGCACUCGCGACGAAGAUCUCUGAAGGUGGUAAUAUUUCCUCUGACGAUAUAAAAGGCUUCACUCCACAUCAAAUCAUCAAUUUACUGCAAGAGCUCGUCGAUAGAAAUGCAUUAACUAUUGAAAAACUGCACGCUCUCAACGACGCAUACAAAAUCAGUGACAGCAAGAACUCCGAAAUCCAAUACAGAUGGAUGAGAUUGUGUGUAAGAAGCAAAGAUUCAACUAAACUGGACGAGGUGCUGGACUUCUUGAACCAUCAGGGACGGAUGAAAUUCGUACGACCAAUAUACAGAGACCUCUACACUUGGGAGGAAGUUAGGCAAAGAGCUAUAGACAACUUCCUUGAACAGGAACCUUACAUGAUGCAUGUCUCUGCCUACACCCUUAGGAAGGAUUUGCAUCUCAGUGAAUAACGUUAGUAUAAGAUAUAUUGUACACAUUAUUUGUGUCUCUCAAAAUUGUGUCUUAUUGAAAAAAACAUACUUUGGUAUGAUAUCCCAUUGAUAUUGUUUAUGUAAUAUAUUUAUCAAUUGUAAGGUGUCAAUAAAUUAUUUAUUCACUGUUUAAUAAUAAAUGCAUUUGACAUA